AUGGCGAAUGACAUCUCACUUGACGACCAACUCUCGGGCAGGGAGGCAGCAUUUACCGCAUGUCGCGACCGUGUUUCUGCCACAUAUGAGCACCGACCAUAUCACAGCUUCAUCCGCGACAAGAUCUACGAUGAGCUCCUAAUCGUUCGCAGAACUCCAGAAGACGAGGAGAAGUACGACAAGAUCCAAGCCGGUCUCAAAAAGGGCACCCACGAGUAUGAACUUGAGCGCGAGCUUGACUUCAUGCUGCAGGAUUAUGCUCUCAUUCCUGACAGCUCCGUGCCUAACCACGGCAUGAAAUUCAUUGGCAAGAAUAAGGGCAUCUUGCUGGCGUGCAAGCAAAUCUACGAGGAAGCAACCACCACACUGUUCGGCAAGAAUAUUUUUGCUGCUUGUCCUCAAUCCGAGCGCGUGUGUUCGUUCUGGCGUUGCAGCAUUUACUGCGGCUGUGUUCCCAAGGACAGACCAUGUCUACAUCCCAAAAGAAGAGGUCUGCAAGGCUUAUAG